AAGGGUUACCUGCUCCAUGCAGAUAACAUCAACUGGUGCACAUUUUUAACCGUGCUGAAAACAGCAGCCAGUUUCAUUGGACCAGUGCUGGAAAAGAGUCACCAAGCCAGGUCUUGCACUAUUUUCCUCAGCAGACCAUGUCUUCUUCCAUCAAAAUCGAGUCUGUUGUGAAGGAGAAGAACCGGAUGGGAGAGUGCCCAGUCUGGGAAGAAAGGGAGAAUGCACUUGUCUACGUAGACAUCAACUCACAGAAAGUUUGCCGCUGGAGCCCAGUCACCAAUGAGGUGCAGAGCGUGUCUGUGGAUGCCCGUGUUGGCUCGGUGGCUCUGCGGCAGUGUGGGGGCUAUGUCAUUGCCCUGGGGACCAGGUUUGCCUUCCUGGACUGGGACACCCAGGCAGUCACCACCAUCCUCGAGCUCGAGCAGGAUAAACCAAACAACAGGUUCAAUGAUGGGAAAGUGGAUCCAAAGGGGAGGUUUUUUGCUGGUACGAUGGCUGAAGAGACAGCACCAGGGGUCCGAGCGAGGCGGCAAGGAGCUCUCUAUACCCUCCUCCCUGACCAUUCAGUAAUAAAACAGCUAGACCAGUUGGACAUUUCCAAUGGUCUGGAUUGGUCCCUGGACCACAGGACCUUCUUCCACAUUGACAGCCUGUCAUAUGCCGUCCAUGCCUUCAGCUAUGAUGUGCACACUGGAAAGAUUGCCUGCCCCAAGCUUUUGUACCAUCUGGAAAAGGAGGAGCAAAUGCCUGACGGGAUGUGCAUAGAUGCAGAAGGGAAGCUCUGGGUGGCCUGUAUUGAUGGUGGCAGAGUCAUUCGCAUCGACCCAGAGACAGGAAAAAGAAUCCAAACUGUGAGGCUGCCUACUCCAAGGAUCACCUCUUGCUGCUUUGGUGGAAAAGACUACUCAGAAAUGUAUGUGACUUCUGCAUACGAUGGACUGGACGAGGCCACCUUAGCCAAGGAACCUCAUGCAGGAGAGAUUUUCAAGAUAACAGGUCUGGGUGUGAAAGGGGUCCCACAGAACUUCUAUGCUGCUUGAACCUUGACACUAAAGUGCAAAGAAGAAAUGCUUCCAUCUUGUAGUAAAUCUGACUGGAAGAAGUCAAAUGAACUACAGAAUUAAUUUGUGUGAAGAUUUCUAAGCCCACUUUGUGAGUGUGCUUGUUUGGAGUUGAAGAUAUUUCUUCUUCUGUGGGCCUGUGGCUUGAUGCAAUAGGUUAGAGAGGUAAAGUUAAUCUGUGUUACACCUUGGUAGCUUUUGUGACUUUCCAUAAACCUUUAAAUGCUCAAGCGUAGUUUUGCUGAACUUUCUGAUGACCAGCUCUGGAUUUUCAAGUCUGUGCUGUUCCCAAAGCAGAAUCUGACUCCUCAUGUUACAGUGAUGCACCAGCAACAAUAUGGCAGAUUUUAAUAAACAUUUUAAAGAGUGGUGUCUUGAA